AUGUUUUUCGCGACACCAUAUUCAGUGUCGCAGGCCUCUACGCCAGACGGCAAAGAGAAUGACAUGGAAGGCGGCGUUGAGAUAGUAUCAGAAUUUACCAGCUCUCCUUGCAAUUCAGUCGGCGUUACAAAGGCACAUGGUAGAUUCACUCCAUUUGGAGCAUAUGAAGAUGGCUGGGUAACGGCGAUAGCCUCGAAAUCUUUUCCAUCAAGUCAUGGCCAACACCGUUCUCACUUUCGCUUGUCCCCGACCAGUUACUUCAUUCUAGGCUUCCAGUUCCGUGUUGACUACUCGGUACGCAGGCGCCCCUGA